GAAUGUUUUAUUUUUGCCGUGAACAAAUAUGUAGUAAAAUACCACUGUUUAUCUCUAUAUUUCCGAAUACGCUACGAAAGUGUUCACGCUACGAUUUAAACGGUUAGGUUCAAAGUUCGGAAAGAGUCGAAAUUGAAUCGGUUCAACUGAAUCAUCAAGAAGAUUCUCAUUCGCGAAUCACUAGUGCAGAAACGUGAGAGUUAAAACUGUUUGAAAACUCCAGACUGCACAUGCAGCUCUGAUGUAAAUAAACAAUAUGAUUAAAGCUCUUUUUAAAGCUUUUGAGGUCAGGUGGAAAUCCUACAGGCACAGAUUUGUCCCGUGGAUAGCGUUAAAUCUGCGGAGAAAUGAGAGAACUCUUCGUCAAGUGAAGGAUCGAUCCCAAGACAAGUUAGUUCAGGAUGAGGUUGUGUUCGGAUCUCUCGUGUGUUUAUUCACUGAACUACUGAAAAACGACCUGAAGAACCAAAGCGAACUGCUGCGGUUCCUCCCUCAAUUUAAACACAACACGUACACUAAUGUACCGAAUGAGACCCGCGAUGCUCCCUGUGCAGUGAUGUUCAACACUCUGGGCUUCAGUAUCGAGCGGAGGCGCAGCUCACUACAGUUCGCGGGAACCGGAGUGUUUGUGACGCGGGGAAGCGCGCCGAAAGGAACUAUUGUAGCGAUGUAUCCAGGAACCAUCUAUCAGACAGAUGAGCCGAUCUUCUUCCAGUCAAUCAGAAAUCCAUUUGUAUUUCGAUGCAUAGACGGCAUUUUGAUCGAUGGCAAUGACAGAGCGAUCUCUAAGACAGUGUACCGAUCGUGUAGCGGACGGGACAGAUUCGGCCCCUUCCGUCUGAGUGACUGCUCCUGGUUGACCUCUGACCCCGGGAACCCUCUCGCAGUGGGACAGUAUGUCAACAACUGCUCUAAUGAAAAAGCUGCAAACGUCUGCUAUCAGGAAUAUGACGUGCCGGAUGAGUUUCCUUUUGAGCUCCGUCAGUACCUGCCUAAUGUGAACUACAGAGCUGAUAAUCAAAGACCUUUGCGCUGUGUUGUUCUUGUUUCACUAAGAGAUAUUCAUUGUGGUGAAGAGCUGUUCUCCAACUACUACACGAUUGUACAUUAAAUAGUUUUUUUUGUUUGUUUGUUUGUUUUUUUAAGUUGGUGUUUGUAUUAUACAUAUAAAGCCUAAAAUAAAUUAUUUUCUAAAGCAAAGCUGAAUGUGAAAACAUGCAAAAAUUGUGUU